AUGGCUUUCCCAGGCCAUAUCCAAAAGACCAACAAAAGGACUUUUCCAGUGGAAUCACUUCUAAUGCCACAAAUUCCACGUGGUAAUUACUUUCAUCUUCAGGAAGAGAAGCAAAGACUACAGCUAAAGAAAUUCCUUCUUCAUAGGAUGUUUCUAGUGGCCACAAUAACAGCGAAUACAGAAAAAAAAGAUAUUUCUGACUAUUAUGAGCAAGUGUUUCAGUCAAUUUUAAAACAUCACCUAGGAGAAGCAGUGACAGGGUUUUUGCUUGUAUAUCCUACUUCUAUUCUGCAUAUCCUUGAGACCUCCAGUGGUACCCUUUACCGAAUUCUUUUAGAUUAUCUUAACCAUAAACAGAAUGAAACAGAAUUUUUUAUCCAAGGAAUGAAAAUUAUAGUUGCAUCCCAUAACAUCCCAACAAGACUUUUCAUGCAAUGGCAUGUUUCAGUAAUGAAAGUUCCAGUCAUGUAUCUUGAUGAUGUGACACAGACACAGUCCCUAGAGGAGGUCAUCACAGAGUUUCUCACUCAGACUCAUAAACUGGCACUCCACCUUUUAAAGACUGUUAAAGUGGGUGCUAAAGGACCAGGGGAUAACUUGCACCAAAUUGCACCUGAACUGCUCAUCCCAGAACAAAUAAUAAAGUACUUGUGCAAAUCUGAACAAUUCAUGGAUCCAGAAACUUUCAUAGACAUGUAUAAUAAGCCCAUACAUGUCACUUUGGAUUCUGAUGUGAUAUGGCCUGCUCCCACCUAUUUCUAG